GUUUGUAAUUGGGGAACAUGUAUCCAGGUUAAGCCGAAGGAUUGGAGUACGAUCACGCGUGAAUGACAUCAGAUCCUUCUUCUUCGGCAGCACAGCCACCGUCCACCGCCAGGAGGUGUUUGGGGUAAAUCUUUUGCCAAUGUGGUGGCAAAUAGAUCAUCAACAACCCUUUCUGUCAUACAUUACUCUCGACACAAAGGCCAAGUUUGACUAAUAUACCCAAGGCCAUUGAAAUAAUAGGGUUUAAGGGUUUUCAUAUAGGUGUUUUGAAGAGGAAGCAUGUUUUAUCAGAUUCGAUUUGGAGGAGGAUUACUUCGGAUGUUGGAACAGACAAAGUUGGUCAAUUUAGGGUUGUGUGAUGAGAGUUGCAAAAUGGACUCCAAAAUUUCACCCUAAUGUGGAGUUGCCUGUAGUUCCUGGUUGGUUGACUUUCUCAAAGGUCUACCCUUGAGGCCUUGAAUUUAGAAUGUUUUUAUUUAGACUGUAAUUUGAUGGUCUAGUCUGCUCUGAUUCCCUCUGAACUGGUCUAGUUUCUUUGUAUUUUUAUAACUAUCCAAGUCUGAUCUAGUCAAAACUGGUCUGAGAGGAAUUACAGUCCAAGUAAAAACAUCCUUACAUGACAAAAGGGCACUAUUUGAUAUUGCAUGAUUAAUUGGACGACCACUAAAGAUUGAUUCCGCAACUGCUACCCUAUCUAGGCCGUCAGUAGCUCGUGUGUGUUGAAUUGGAUCUCACCAAAGAGAUGCCACGUGAUCUAUGAGCAAAAGCCAGAGUACUGUAAUCAUUGUUUGCAUUUGGGUCAUUCUGUUGCCAAGUGUCCUAAACGUAACCCUGACUUGACUAUGGCAAUUACUUUGCCCAAGGAUAGAUGGGUUCUUAAGCCUAAGGAUGCACAUGACAAAAAUGAAAAAUUUACAGCAGAGUAGAAAGGUAAAGGUAUUAAUACAGAAGUGGUUUCACUUAACAAUAUACAAUCUACUUCUAAUGCCAUUAUUACAAAUGAUGAUUCUUCUGAUGGUUAGGAGAUUUUCUUGGAUACGGCGGAGCCACCAGUGACAUAUGAUCCUGCAAAAGAUAUAAGGUUGCAUGAUCUAUUACUCUGAGAUACCAGGGUUACAUAUUUCUGCAAUUGACAAAGAUAGGUUGAUCAAAGAUGAUACUCAACUUCAGUCUCUUCACAAGCAGUUGGAUUUGGAUCCUGAGUUUGAAUAAAAAAUGUGCUUCUCGGAUGGAGAAGCCAAAAGAAGGCUUACACCACUGCAAAAUUGGAAAAAGGGAUGGUCAGAAAUCAAUUCAAAGGUGGAAAUUAUGGCAAAAAAAAUUGCUAUUACAGAAGCAAGGCAGCAACCUGAUUCAGUAGAGGAGGCAAAAGAAAACACUGAAUAUAAUGAGGGGGAUGCAGAGGGCUUCAUCAAGGUUAAUGGGAAAAGAAACAAGCAAAAAACUCAACUUAAAACUAUUCCUAGAUUAACUAGAAAUGCUGCAAAAAAGAAGUCUGUGAUUGAUGAUUCAGCUUAUGGGGAUUCUCACAUCACCAGACAGCGCUGUCCACAACUUUAUCUCCUGUGUAUGAAGAAUUGACUUAUAUGGAAUGCAAGAGGUCUGGAAGCUUCAUGCCCCAGACUUCGUUCCUUAAUAAGACGGUGGAAAGUGAGCUUAUUGUGUAUUAUUGAACCUAUUGUUGAUUGUUUUAGAGCUAAUUAUUUUAUGAUGGAGUUGGGUUUUCAAAAGGUGCUUUUCUCUCCCAUUAAUAAGAUCUGGAUUUUUUGGGAUCCAGAGGUCUUUUCUUUAUCUAGGGUUAUCUGGUACAAAUAAUGCACAAUCAGUUAGUCCAUUUUCAUGUAAAAGGAGAUGAAUUUUCAGGUUUGAUAACUGCUAUAUAUGGGAAACAUAAUCCUGAUCUGAGAAAACAGAUGUGGAACUUCUUGUCAGACAUUGCUAAUACUAUGCAGGAACCUUGGUUAGUAGGGGGAUUUCAAUGCAAUUGCAAAACAUAGUGAGCACAAAGGAGUAGAUAUUCCACACCCGCCUAGCAUUAUGGAUUUUUUCAGAUUGUAUAUCAGCUUGUGAUCUAAUUGAUCUACCUUUUCAAGGGCCACAGUUUACCUGGACUGGCAUGAGGGCUAAUGGAAGGGUUUGGAGGAGGUUGGAUAGGUGUUUGGUCAAUUUCAAGUUUGUGGACCGGUUUGCUUCUAUUCAGAUUAAUGUGUUAGAAAAAACACCUUCUGAUCAUAGUCCAUUGUUAAUUCAAUGCACUAAGAAUCUUCCCAGUGGUCCUAAAUCUUUUAAGUUUCAGAACAUUUGGCUAUCUCAUCCCAAUUUUAUGGACACUGUUAAUAAAAGUUGGCAUGCUAAAUCUUUUGGAGGGGGAAUGCAUGGUUUAUUCUGUAAUCUUAAGAAUCUGAAGCAGGACCUACAGGAAUGGAACAAGAAUGUUUUUGGGAAUCUCUUUGAUGACAUUAAACUAUUUGAGAAGAAGGUUCAACAAGCAGAGAUGGAUUUUGAGGCAGAUCCUAGUGAAAUUAAUAGGGAACAAUGGUUUCACUUUAAAGCCUUGCUUAAAUCAAAAUACAAGUUGGAGAGAAUAUUCUGGAAACAAAAAUCUCAUAUUCAGUGGUUAAAAGAGGGGGAUUCUAAUUCACAUUUCUUUCCCUCCUUUGCUAGAGUAAGACAUAAGAAACAACAGAUCACAUCAAUAUAUAACCAAGAUGGACAUCUUGUUUCUUCCUUACCAGAGAUUGGUGAAGCUGCAGUUGAUUACUUCUCUUCUUUAUACUCUGUGGAACCUCAGAUUCACCCAGAGGACAUCCUGCAUUUCAUUCCUACAAUUGUUGACAAUGAGGAUAACCAGAGGCUUAUGCAGAUGCAUAUGGAGGAUGAAAUUAAAGAUGCAGUAUGGGACUUAAACCAAAAUGGUGCGUCAGGCCCUGAUGGUUUCAAUGGUAAAUUCUAUAAAAAAUGAUGGGGGAUUGUGGGCCCUGAUGUUGUUAGAGCUGUACAGGAAUAUUUUUUGGGUUUCCUAUCCCUAAAGGCAUAGCUAGUAGUCGGAUUGCCUUGAUUCCUAAAGUGGAUAAUCCUGAGACUUUUUCUGAUUUUAGACCUAUCUGUAUAUCAAACUUUAUUAAUAAAGUUUGUACUAAAGUUGUCACUGCCAGAUUAAUCAAAAUUCUGCCCAGGCUUAUAUCUGUAGAGCAGACAGGUUUUAUGAAGCACAGGGAUAUUGCUGAUCAAGUCCUUAUUGCUCAAAAAAUGGUGUAUGCAAUUGACAAAAAGGUUAGGGGGUCUAAUGUAAUCAUAAAGCUUGAUAUGGCCAAAGCUUUUGAUAUGUUAUUUUGGAUUUUUCUUAAGGAAGUACUGAAAAGAUUUGGUUUUGCUCAGAAUUUUAUUCAGAUAGUGAUUAAUAAUUUGGAGGCACCUUUCUUAUCUGUUCUUGUUAAUGGGGUUCCCCAAGAUUUUUUAAAACCUAAAAAGGGAGUCAAGCAGGGGGGGUCCCUUGUCUCCCUUUCUAUUUAUAUUAGCUUCAGAAGCUUUUUCAAGAGGGCUGAAAUGGAAGAUGGAAAAUGGUGUUAUUAAACCAUAUUGGUUGGGCAGGCUGGGCUAUUAUUUCUCACUUAGGAUAUGCAGAUGAUCUUUUAAUAUUUCUUAAUGGAGAAGCUAGAAACUGGUACAAGUUUAAAGAUUUUGUGAAUUCAUACCAAAAUGCUUCUGGACAGAUUGUCAAUCUGAAUAAGAGUACUUUCAUCUGUGGAAAACCUGGCAGACCAAGAAGUAGAAACAUUCAAAGAAUUCUGGGUAUGCAUGCCUCCAACCUUCCUCUCAGAUACCUGGGAAGAGUGCUUUCCUCAAGUUACAUAAAGGCAUCAACAGGUAUCUUUAUUGUGAUGAUAUAAUUGCAAAGUUUGAUUCUAAACCUACUCCAUGGAAAUGCAAGAACUUAAGCCAGGCUGGGAGGCUGAUCUUAAUAAAGCAUGUCUUACGUGCAAUCCCAUUGCACAUUUUGGCAGCUGAUAAUCUCCCUAAAAAAGUCAUUUCUAUUCUGGAAAGUAGGAUGUCUUCUUUCUUCUGGGGGUCCACAAACAAGGCCAAACAUUAUCAUUGGUUAAAAUGGUCUACACUCUGUCACCCUACUGAGGAGGGGGGUUUAGGACUCAGAUUACUGAAGCAUUUGGAAAAGGCAUACUCUAUUAAGUUAUGGUGGAAAUGGCAAAAAGGUGAGUCUCUUUGGACAGAUUUCAUUAAAGCAAGAUAUCCCAGAGGAAGGUGAUGCAAUCUGGAUGCUAGAAGAUAAUGGUAUCUUCUCACUAAAGUCUGCUUAUGCAGUGGUGAGAGAAGAACUUCCAAGCUCAUUCUCUUUCACACAUGCUAUUGCUUGGCACCCAAAACAGAUUUUGAAAAACAAAUUAAUGCAAUGGAAGAUUCUUCAAGGGAUCUUACCAUUCACAGACAAACUAACAAGGUUUACAAGAGUUCUAAAUCCCUCUAUGUGUCCAUUGUGUAGACGACAAGAAGAUUCAAUGGAUUAUGUUCUCUUCAUAUGUGAUAUUGUCAGACCAGUUUGGUCUUAUUUUAUGGGAAUCUUGGGAAUUCCUCACCAGAAUCCUAUGAGUUCAAUACGUCAGGUUUUUAUGAGGUGGUGGUUUAAAGCUGGUAGUAGAAAACUAACAGAUAUUUUCAAGCACAACUUGCCAGGUAUUAUUAGCUGGCAUGUGUUGAAAGCUUAUACUAAUCUCGUUUGGGGUAAUGGUAGAUAUAUACGUACUGCAGAGAAUAUCAUUUUUCAAGUUACGCUUUUUACUCAGGAGUCAGGACUAGGUUGCAAGCCUAUCAAGAAUGAAGUUGAGAACGGUGGGUGAAGUUUUAUAUGAGGAAAACCUAAUUCCAAGAAAUUUCAAGCUCACAGGGACGAUAAUUAAAGCAAUCAGAUGGUUAAGACCACAAAACAGACUGAAAUUGAACAGAUGCGACUUACAUACCUCAUAAAUCCGGCGGUGGAGCGAUUUUACGAAAUCAUACUGGCUAGAUGGUUGCAGCGACUUCAUUUCCGUUGUCAGCUUCGUCCAGCUUGGAGGCUGAGUUGCUUUCCAUUGUUGAAGCUACUCGAUGGGCGAUAAAGGCAGGUUGUACGGAUUUUUAGGUAGAAACUGUUAGAUCCCGAGAAUAUAAAUAGUACUCCGUACGUGAAUUAUUAUUUUUUUGAAAAUAGUGUUAUUCAUCUCAUUAUAAAGUUGAAUAAAUUUGAUUUUUAAAUU